CAACUCACGUUGCCAUGCCGUAAAACAGUUCGUGCGACCUGCCAGUAGAGAAGACAGAAGGCCUUAAAGCUUUUAAAUGUAUAGACGAUGAAAGUUGGGUUGACGGAGCGCACUUUCUACUUCUAGGCCGUAUAAGUCAUUUUCACCAUGAUCAUAGAGAAUGUGGAAGCCCUGAAGACGUGGCUUGCAAAACUCCUGGAGCCGAUAUGUGAUGCCGAUCCCUCUGCGUUGGCCAACUAUGUGGUGGCUCUUGUGAAGAAAGACAAACCAGAGAAGGAGCUGAAAGCCCUCUGUGCUGACCAGCUCGAUGUUUUCCUACAAAAGGAAACGGUAGGAUUUGUAGAUAACCUUUUUGAGUCGUUGACGACAAAGAACUACCUGGGUAACCCUGCUGCCAAAGAGGCACCAAAAGAGGAGGUUAAAGCACCUGCAAUCAAGGCUGAUGUUGUUGAGGCGGAAACUCCAGAGGAGGAGAGAGAAAACAGACGCAGGAGGAGUCCCCUGAGAAACCGCUCUGACUUCAACGAAUCCAGGAGCCGCGACGACAGGAGGCGGGACGAGCGCAAGCGGCGCGAAUUUGAGCGCCACGGGAAAGCCUGCGACGCCCACCGUGAUCGAGAGCGCCACGAGCGGCGCAGAGGCAGCCCCCGGGGGAGGAGCUACAGCCGGAGCCGCAGCAGGAGCCGCAGCGGCAGCCGAGGGAAGAGCAGGGACAGGGAGCACCGAGGAGGCAGAGAGUUCAAGUCAAAGUUUGAGGUGGAGAGAAAGGACGGGGAUGGAUACAACACCUCCGCCACAUCCGGCUCCCAGCAGCAGCACCCACCGCCCCUCCUGCCCCUUCCCGCCCCUCCGCACCCCUUCUCCUCGGCUUCUUCAUCCGCCGGGGCGUCUGGAGCCGGAGGGGUUCCUGUGGUGACCCUGGCUCACCUGCCCGACAGCACUACAGACAGCUGGUCAAGCUACUACAACGCUCAGAGGCAAGAUGGCAUCGGCAAGCCCUUCAGCGGCAAGAAUACUCAGCUCAAGCAGCGAUGCAGGGACUAUGACGAAAAAGGAUUCUGCGUCCGUGGUGACCUUUGUCCCUUCGACCACGGCAGCGACCCCCUCAUCGUCGACGAUGUCACCCUGCCCAAAAUGAUUCCUUUCCCGCCCCCUCCCGUCAUGCCUCCCACCGGCUUGCCGAUGCCCCCGAUCACUGAGCCGCCUCCCUCACUCAGGUUGCCAGCAAUGCCCCCGUACCCCCAGCCGCCGCCACCGGGCGUCUUCCCAAUGACAGGACCCCCACUGAUAGCUACCAGUGGGAUCGAUACCCCCAACCAUCAGUCUGCAAUCACUUCUUCUCCCCCCAUUGGACCACCUGGAGUGGGGCUCCCACCUACUCUUCCUCCUCCUCCUCCUCCUCCUCCUGCUCCUCCUCAGCCUCCUUCCUCGUCCUCAUCUGUGUCUCUGCGGCCCCAAUAUGUCCAGUCUGAAUAUAACUAUGAUCCUGAAGGCUACAACCCAGAAUCUCCAGGACUGACUGCUGCAGGUCGUAAUUCUUAUCGGCAGUUUAUCCCUCGAGUCCAGACCCAACGCUCCAACCUCAUUGGCCUCACGUCUAACGAAGGACAAGGAUCCAGAGCUGCCAACAUAGUGAUCCAGACAGAACCUGAAACUGCGUCCAACUCUCCUAGAAAUCGUUUCAACACUGAGCAGGACAACAGGAAGAGGAUGAUGGGAGCCAGUACAGCUGAGGGUCCAGCAGCUAAAAAGCCUUGGAUGGAGAAAUUUUCACAUUUUCUUCAAGAAUCCGCUGAUAAAAGGCUAAACUUUAGCAGUCAAGAAAAGAAUAUCUUUCCAAAGAGGAACCACUACGUGAACACAAAGCUGGAGGUGCGCAAGAUCCCACGCGAACUGAACAACAUCACGAAGCUCAACGAGCAUUUUAGCAAGUUUGGAACCAUCGUCAAUAUACAGGUUGUAUUUGGCGGCGACCCUGAGGCCGCACUGAUCCAGUACACAAAGAACGAUGAGGCCAGACGGGCCAUAUCCAGCACCGAGGCCGUCCUCAACAACCGCUUCAUCCGUGUGUACUGGCACCGGGAGUCUGGCAACAACAUCGCGGGUCAGGAGCAGACGUCAGGGAGCCACGGGGCUGGGUCGGCGCCCGGCCAAGGCCUGCAGCACGGCAACAUGCACAAGCCACAGGUGAUCAAACAACAUAGUCCAGGUGCCUACGUACUAAACAACACGGUACCCAAACAUCACCUGAAUGCAGCACCUGGAACCACGACCGCGACAAAGACGGAUGUCCUGAAUCCAAACUCGGACCCUCUCAUUGUGGCACCUAACACCCAGAAAGGCCCCUACACUCCUACUGGCCCCAAAUCUUCCUCAAAGAGCCUUGGGAAAACUGGAAAAGCACUGGAAGCGCAGGAAGCUAUGAAAAAGAAGCAGGAGGCAAUGAAACUCCAACAGGACAUGAGGAAGAAGAAACAGGAGAUGUUGAAGACACAGAUCGAGUGUCAGAAAGCGCUGAUCAACCGCUUGGAGAAAAACCGAACUAUGAAGCCUGAGGAGCGGGCCAACAUCAUGAAAACCCUGAAGGAGCUAACAGAGAAGAUUACCCAGCUGCAGAAUGAAAUGAACCCUACCUCUCAGGUCUCAAGUGGCAAAACCAACCACAGCCAACCCAAGACCAAGACGGAUGCCCAGAAGGAGUUGCUGGAUGCUGAAUUAGACUUUCACAAGAAAAUGGGCUCUGGGGAAGACACGACAGACCUUAAGAGAAAACUUGGGCAGCUACAGGUGGAGGCGAAACGACUGGGUCUGAUCCCGCCGACGGGUCGAGGUCGAGGCCGGGGGAAGAUGGCACUGGAUCCCGGCACCAUGCACCCGGGCCGGGGCAGGAGCCGAAGCCGGGAGAUGAUGGCUCGCGGCGUCAACCGCAUGGUGGUGGACCACAGACCCAGAACGCUUGCUAUUUUAGGAGUGACGCAGGAGGAAAAGGAAGAGCUAAUGCCACACUUUGUGAAAUUUGGUGAAAUCGAAGAGCUGCGGGACACCGAUGCCAACACUGUCAUCAUAACGUUUAAGACACGAAGCGAAGCAGAGAAUGCAGCCAAUCUGGGAGCGAAGUUCAAAGGUCGUGUUCUGCAGAUUUCCUGGUACAAGCCCAAGACGUCGUUGGUCGCAUCCGAACCUGAGGUGGAGGAGGCUAAAGACGAAGAGAAAGCGAAGGAGCCGAGCUCGUAUCUACCAGGAAACGAUGAAGGGAGGGAGGACGAAGAAGAGGAGGAGGAUGACGAUGAAGACGACGAGUAUGAGAGCCGGUCUUGGAGACGAUAAGAAGACCGAUUUGUCCCUGCAUGCCCAACCGUGGAUUGUGUUAUUUUAUUAUUUUCUCCCUGCAUUCAAGGAAACAGUUUUUUCCCCCCCUCUUUAUAUUAAUUUUAGACUUGAAUUAAAGGAAAACAUCUUUGCUUUUUGGCAAAUGUCUAAAAACAAAAAGAGUUUAGAGGGUCCUUAGUUUUUGUAUACCUCAGUGAAACAUGUAGAGCAUCUCACUUUUGCUGAGAGUGAUAAAUGCUUUGUUCUUAUAGAUUAAAAAGAAAAAAAUCUACGUAUGUUUUAGUGUGCUUAUCAGAUGAUUAAUAUCAGCAAUGCACAACAUUUGUGUCUACUGUGAAUAGGUAUUUUUAUACAUACUGUAUUUAAGCGCUUUUUCUCACCAGUUUUUUGUAAAAAAUAAAAUAAAAUAAAAAGAUGAUAAUAAUAAAACAAUCUCACCCUCAGUUCAGGGACAGCCAUUCCAUCACCAGUAGAAGGCUUGCUACCGCUUCCAGAGAGAAUUUUAUUUAUUUUUUUUUUUCACCACCUCGAUGCACUGUGUUGUACCUGAUAUGAUUUCCAACUUCACCUUAAUCUCAGUGUAAUUUUUUUUUUUUUUGGCUGUCGCUAGCCCUAAAAUGUUAAUGAUCCCAAGUGUUUUUGAUUUACAGUUGUUAGAUCUGGCACCCCCAGCAUGUCAAGGUGCUGAUGUACCAAAUUAAGAGCGGGUGCAGGUACUGACGGGUCCUAGUGCAGUAGAUCAGUGUUUGCAAAUCAUUGUCUCUAUGUCAACCAGACAGUUUUGUAGCAGAUAUCCCAAAUUUUCCCCCUUUUUUAUUUUUAUUUUAUAGCUCACUCUGUCCAGUGCCACUCUUUGUGAAUACGCACCAAACAUACACAGGCGUUUUAAAAGGGGGUGUAAAAUUCUCACUUGUUGAACUAAGGCUCCAACAAGGCUGAUCAGAUCGCCCAUUUCCAAGAUGUGACAUCCAUAGACAGGUGUUUGAAUGUAGUACUGAACAGUUGAUUUUAUUAUAAAGAAAUAUAUAUAUAUAGGUGUAAUUUCUUUGCCUUAAACGAUCAGCUGGUCGCUGAGUUUUUACAGGAUUUGUCAUUUACUUUUUGUAAAUUUUGUAAAUGCUUUGAAGAGGAAUUAGUUUAACUUUGGAUUUUUCUUUCCUUUUUUUUUUUCUUGGCAUUUUUGUCACAAAUGACAGGAUUGUAUCAGGUAGAAGGUCAAACACGAGUGCACAAGUUUGCACAUGUGUUGAACAGUCCUUGUUUUGGUUCCUUUUUUACUUUUCAUCUAAGUAGAACGUUUGCUCUAACGAAGCUCUCAGAGCUGCUUCUGAGUUGUUAAAAACACUCUUUGGAAACACACUUGAGUCGUGCAGCACGCCGUAACUUAUCCGCAUGAGUGCAGCCCUCCUGCACAUUGUCAGUGUUCAAAACCUGCUUAGGUGUGCAAGCUUGAUGACUGAAAACUGCUUCCUGUUUUUGCCUUUUUUUAAUAUAUAGAUGUAUAUCUAUAUAUCUUGCACUGUGUUCCCAAAGACAUCAGGAUGGGAGGAGCCCAGUUUGUUCAGAUAAACGCAGAAAGAUGCCAUAAAAAGCCCCAUUCAAUAUAUAAUUGUUUACGUUUAGCUUCCCCGAACUCGACUCAAUCGAUCAUAUCCAGUAGCAACAGAAUGAAGGCAAACUAAAGGUGAGGUUAAUUUAUUAGCAGACAUAAAUCUGCCUGCGUGUAAAUACAUUUAUCUCCGGAACAGUGGCACCACUUAAGAGGUUGCAGAACUGUUUGAAACACUUUUGUCUGUCUGAUAAGAGAGCCUGAUGCAUUUAAUUUUAGAUUUUUCCAUUUCACUUCGCCACAAAGAGGUUUAAGUGUCUUUAUUUUUCUUCUUCUCUUGUUUGAGUAAAAGCAAAUUCUGAGGAUCUGGCUUUUUUUGUUAAUACCUGUAACCUGUCACCCAACAGUGUACAAAAUGUAAAAUGUUUAUUGGAUAAUAGUUUUGGAUUUGUUACUGUUUAUAUUUGCAGGAUGUGUGUGUGUUUUCUUCAUGUAUUUUGUUUGUAUAAAUGGAUUUAUAAUUUACUAGCAUGUUUGCUUUUGCCAAUAAAGACACAGGAAUGGGGUGCUUGUAAGAUGAUCCAGGAAAAGAAAAAAAAAGCAAAUAUAAAUAAUUGGAUUUGGAAAAGAAAAAGCUUAAGUUAAAGAAAAUUGAGGAAAAAGAUGAGAAUAUUGGCCAUGGAAAGAAAAGAAAAAAAAAAGAUACAAGCAAAAGCAUUCCAGAAAAUUCUACCUUUAAAA